CUAGGAUCCUCCCAAACAAUCUGUCAAUGAGAUAUAUAGUUAUUCAUUGGGAAAGUUAUGGGAUGUUCUCAAACAUUUUUUAAGAAAAGUAUUGAAGAUGGCGUUUCGGAUUAAUCUGGAUCUCCAAAAAUUAGUAUGCAACCUGAGCGGAGCACCGAAUUCUUUUCUAAUUUGCUACUAUAAUACACGUUGUCUCCGUAGCAAAAGUAAAUGGAUUAUGAUAAAGAAAUUCAUACAAGGGGGUCAUCUUUUGAUGACAAAAAUUAUUCUUAGGACGAAAAUGAAGGCGACUUAGAAAUAGAUGAAAAAGACGACACUGUCGAAAUCGAAAGAGAAGCAGUUGAAUUCCUUUCUUUUAUCUCAACGUCAUUAACUAAUGACCAAAGUUCACGGAAAAGAAGAAGCAAACCUAUCCGCUUUUCUACGAGAAAGGAAAAAGAAAUCCAACAAACGUUGUGGAACAAAUCUUCAUCAGCUCAAUUAUCAGCACAUAUGAGUGUUGCUGGAUCCAAAGGAACAUGCAGAUACUGCAGUACGAGAGAUUCUCCAGUGUUUAAUAGCAUGACAUGCAGCUAUUGUGUCAUUUCUCUUUGUGUAAAAAAAAUUGAUUUUUGUUAUUUCAUUAAAAGCUUGUAUAAGUGUUGGAAGUAAUAAACUUUAGCGAUCAUAAUAUCCAUUCAAGUGUAGCAAGAUUCAAUAAAACGUAUACUGAGUAAAUAACAUAAGACCACAGGCGAGUUAUUAAUGCCAUGCGUUUAUGUUCAAAAUAAACUUAUCUCAUUCUACUUCAUUUGAAUCUGGCAGAAAUAAUUUGGGACUGAAAGGGUUAAACUACGUAGAACAAAAAAUCAAAUACUGUUGAAUCAGCUAAAUACAUACCAGUUUGCUACUCACCUAGUAACUGGAACUGAUGUAUUCUUGAUGUGAACUACUCGUUUAUUGUAUUUUUGAAGGAUUAAGUAAAAGAAAUAUAUUCCCAAUAGAUAGAAUAAAAUCCUGCAGGUAUUGAGCUAACAAUUUCUUUUUUGUUUCUAGAAACUUAUACUUGGAAUAUCUAUGAAGAUAACGGAAUAAUUCAUUCAAAAGAUUAUCCAAAAUUUCUACGAACAAAUGUUGAAUAUACAUGGAUUAUUCAUAUGAAUUCUUCAAAUGAAAUUGAAAUUAAUCUUACUGAUAUAAAUCUUGAUUAUGAUUAUGAUUAUUUACAAAUUAUAACAGGAGAUGUUAUUUAUUCGUUAAAUAUUCCAAAAUCUUUUCGAUUACAAACAAUUAACGAAACAAAAUUAAUUCUUCGAACAAAACAUUCUAAUGAUGAUUAUCAAUAUCGUGGUUUUAAUUUAACAUAUCAAAAAUUAAAUAAAACUUCUAUGGAUGAAAAUAAUCAAUUAAAAAAUUUACCAUGUGGAAAAAUAUAUUCCUCAUAUAAUGGAACAAUUGAAUUUCAAUAUGAAACUCUUACAUCUUUUGAUUGUUUAAUAUUAAUUGAAGUUGAUGAUGGACAAAAUAUUUUUUUACGCUUUGAUUAUUUAAAUUGGGAUACUAAAGAAAAUUAUAUUGAUAUUGGCCUCUUUCAUGAUCCUAAUCAAUAUCAAAUUUAUCAUAUAUCAGAUACAUUACCAGGUACUUGGUUUAUUGCAAAUCAUAGUCAAAUAUGGAUACGAUUUUAUUCAAGUCAAUUUUCAUUUGGAAAUUCUACAUUUCGUUUAUUUUAUUCCGAAACCAUUCAAUGGUCAACUAUUUCACCAAAACCAAAUAUACAAAUUUUAGAUAAUAAUAGAUUAUUUCCUUAUCGAUUAAUUAGUUUACCAACAAAUGGUACUUAUCAUAAUUUAACAAAAGUAGGAAGUUUUUGA